GGUGGCGGAAAAAGAUUCCCUUACCCACAGUACGUCUGGUCACCAGCUGGUGGAUGGUGGUGCAAUCCUCGUAAUUGGAAGCGUAAUACUGCUCUUGCUACUGUAGCUGUUAUUGGUAUCUGUAUGCCUGCGUUCUAUUUGUCGGCAUCCCGUGAAGUAAGGACUGCAGUAAUCGAUGUUUAA